AUGGAGGAAUUACGGCAGGAACAUCUGGUGCGACUGGGCCAGAAGCUCGCCAGGACGGCUGACCAGUUGCGCUAUUUUUACAAGCGGGUUGCCGACUGGGAACGCAAUCAAACAGUCACAACAAUUUUGCGCAUCCACGGCCCGCAUUUUACCCGGGAUAUGACUAACGCGGAUAAAUUUGCCUUCGAAUGGUCUACAGUCCUUGGCAAAGUUCAUUGCCAGGAGGAGAGAGUGGACUUGCCAUCAGCCAUUCGCCGUUUUGUCAAUCUACCCACAGACCGGGUCUUGUCUUCUGCCGACAACCGGGCUCUCUUGGCUGAUUUUUCGGAAGCGGAAGUCCUUGCAGCCGUUUCUGGGCUCAGUCGACAUAAGUCUGCGGGACUGGACGGGCUCAACAACGAUUUUUACAAGGAUACGUCUGCACUUCUUGUCCCCGCCCUGGUCCAGCUCAGCAAUCAAAUUUUGGCUGGAGCUGAUCCCCCGCCUUCGUUUCUCGAAGCUUUGAUCAUACCCUUGCGUAAAAAGGGAGACUCGGCGGAUGCGAUGGAUUACAGACCGAUUUCUCUACUCCAAACCAGUUACAAGAUCUUUGCGAAAGUGCUGGCCACACUACUGCAACGCGUAUUACCAAAAGUCAUUGGUGACUCGCAGCAAGGCUUCGUACAUGGACGUCAGAUGUCUAAACUAGUGUUGAUGAUGCUCGCUCAACUGGCGACAGCAACAUCGGAUACAACUACAUCCGCCGACGACAGCCGAGUGAUCCUCCUACUGGAUUUCCGCAAGGCUUAUGACACGGUCGAUCGCGAAUUCCUGUAUGAGGCUCUUCGCCAAUUUGGUUUCGCGGAAAGGUAUGUUCAGCUUAUUACUCGACUACAUACUGGUACUACGGCCGCGUUCCUUGUAAAUGGGGAACAGUCUCGUCCCAUCUCCGUCGUUUCCGGUAUCCGGCAAGGCUGUCCACUCGCCCCUUUGCUUUUUCUCGUCGGGGUGGAGAUAUUGGGCGUUGCGGUACAGCAAUCACCAGAUUUGUCUGGGCUUCCUGUCCCUGGACGACAUCCGGCAACGCACGUUUUCUCGGCGUUUGUGGAUGACUCGACAAUCUUUCUCGAGAAGGCCAGUCAGCUGGAGCCAGCGAUAGCUCUUCUCUCUCAAUUUGGGACCCUAUCAGGGCUAGUUGCCCAACCCUCCAAGAGUCAGAUCAUUUGUCUUAAUCGGGCUGUGCACGUAGCCGACAUGCGGGGCAUUCCGGUCCUUCAACAGGCGGACACGGUGCGAUACCUGGGCUAUCAAGUCGGACUGAGACCCUAA